AUGGGCAAGCUCCUGCUCCUUCUCCUGCUGUUUGGGGCUUUUUAUCUGGUGUUUAUCCAAGCUAAAACUACAGUGUGCAUGGUCUGCAACAAUUUUAAAAGGGGCCAUUGUUUGUCAGGCAAGAGCAACUGCACCACGAGAUACAGCCCUGGAUGCAGAACCAGGAAUUUCUUCAUGUUCUUGGAUGAAGGUGGGUGGGUCCACAACCAUACUGAACUGGACUGCUCUAAUGCGUGUUUGGCUGAAAACAUGUAUUACGGAAGAGUGAAGAUAUCUACCUUUUGCUGCAAAGGUGAAGAUUUCUGUAAUCGAUAUCAUGGCCGAGUAGUGAAAAAGAAUAUUUUCUAA